GGAGACCCAGAGGUUGUGAGUGGGCGAGGCGGCUCUCUCGGCGCUCCGAGGGGUGUGAGACGGGGGUCGGCGGCGGGACGUGUGUGCGGUCGGCGAUCGGAGACGAUCGGAAACGAUCGGAGACCGUCGGGUCAGCCUUUGGAGCGGCGUCCGCUUCCCGCCCGGGCAGCUCCCUCCGGAGGGGAGAAGCGGCGGCCGGAGUGGCAGUGCUUUUGUGUUUGGGUCGAGCCAGGUCUCUCGGGUGCGGCCCGAGGCAACCGGUGGGGUCAGCCCGCCGAGGUAACCGUCCCUCGCCGUCGCUCGCAAGUCCCGGGCAUCCCCCUGCGCCCCGAGCGGCAGAUGCCCAGGUGAGGCACCUGAGGUAUCGGGACCUGCCCGGGGCGCAGGGUCGCUGGAAGAGCGGCUGGGAGCCCCGGGUACACUAAGGCGAUCGAGCCUCAGCUUCGGACCCUCCCGGGGCUCCUCUUCCCAGCACGACCCCGGUGCAAAGGUUUGGCUCAUGCUUGGCAGUGAAGCGAGAACACAGACCGAGGGACAAUGGAUGCAAAGGCCCGGAAUUGUCUGCUUCAACACAGAGAGGCUCUGGAAAAGGACAUCAAAACAUCCUACAUCAUGGAUCACAUGAUCAGCGACAACGUUUUAACGGUAGUCGAGGAGGAAAAAGUGAGGAGCCAGACCACUCAGUAUCAACGAGCCGCUGCUCUGAUCACGAUGAUACUUCAUAAAGACAAUUGUGCCUACGUUUCAUUCUACAACGCUCUCCUGCACGAGGGAUAUAAAGACCUUGCUGCCCUUCUUCACAGUGGCCUUCCUCUCGUCUCUUCUUCCAGUGGCAAAGACACAGACGGCGGGCUAACGUCAUUUGUGAGGACCGUGCUUUGUGAAGGUGGAGUACCACAGAGGCCGGUGGUUUUCGUGACUAGAAAGAAGCUGGUGAAAGCGAUUCAGCAGAAGCUCUGGAAGCUCAAUGGCGAGCCAGGGUGGGUCACCAUCUACGGAAUGGCGGGCUGUGGGAAGUCUGUGCUGGCUGCCGAAGCGGUUCGCGAUCACGCCCUCUUAGAAGGUUGUUUCCCAGGGGGUGUGCAUUGGGUUUCAGUUGGAAAACAAGACAAAUCUGGGCUUCUGAUGAAACUGCAGAAUCUUUGCACACGCCUGGGUCAAGAGGAGAGUUUUUCUCAGAGACUUCCACUUAACAUCGAGGAGGCUAAAGAUCGUCUCCGUGUUCUGAUGCUACGCAAACACCCCAGGUGUCUGCUGAUCUUGGAUGAUGUUUGGGAUCCGUGGGUGUUAAAAGCUUUCGACAACCAGUGUCAUAUUCUUCUUACAACCAGAGAUAAGAGUGUUACGGACUCUGUAAUGGGUCCCAAGCACGUUGUCUCUGUGGACAGUGGUCUAGGGAAAGAAAAGGGACUUGAAAUCUUAUCGCUUUUCGUUAGCAUGAAGAAGGAAGAUUUGCCAGUGGAGGCUCACAGUAUUAUAAAAGAAUGCAAAGGUUCUCCUCUUGUGGUGUCUUUAAUUGGUGCACUUUUACGUGAUUUUCCCAAUCGCUGGGCGUACUACCUCAGACAACUUCAGAAUAAGCAGUUUAAGAGAAUAAGGAAAUCUUCCUCUUAUGAUUAUGAGGCUCUGGAUGAAGCCAUGUCUAUAAGUGUUGAAAUGCUUAGAGAAGAUAUCAAAGAUUAUUACACAGAUCUUUCCAUCCUGCAGAAGGAUGUCAAGGUCCCUACAAAGGUGUUGUGUGUUCUCUGGGACUUGGAAACUGAAGAAGUCGAAGACAUAUUGCAGGAGUUUGUCAAUAAGUCUCUCUUAUUCUGCGAUCGGAAUGGAAAGUCAUUUUGUUAUUAUUUACAUGAUCUUCAAAUAGAUUUUCUUACAGAGAAGAAUCGAAGUCAGCUUCAGGAUCUACACAGGAAGAUGGUCACUCAGUUUCAGAGGUAUUACCAGCCACAUGCUCUGUCUCCAGAUCAGGAGGGCUGCAUGUAUUGGUACAAUUUCCUAGCCUAUCACAUGGCCAGUGCCAAUAUGCACAAAGAACUUCGUGCGUUAAUGUUUUCCCUGGAUUGGAUUAAAGCAAAAACGGAACUUGUUGGCCCUGCCCAUCUGAUUCAUGAAUUUGUGGAAUACAGACAUAUAUUGGAUGAAAAGGACUGUGCAGUCUGUGAGAAUUUUCAAGAGUUUUUGUCUUUAAAUGGACAUCUUCUUGGACGGCAGCCAUUUCCUAACAUUGUACAACUGGGCCUCUGUGAGCCAGAAACUUCCGAAGUCUAUCAACAAGCAAAGCUGCAGGCCAAGCAGGAGGUGGACAGUGGAGGGCUUUACCUGGAGUGGAUAAACAAGAAAACAAUCAAGAACCUCUCGCGCCUCGUUGUCCGCCCCCACACAGAUGCCGUUUACCACGCGUGCUUCUCUCAGGAUGGUCAGAGGAUAGCUUCCUGUGGAGCCGAUAGAACCUUACAGGUGUUCAAAGCCGAGACAGGAGAGAAACUUCUUGAGGUCAAAGCUCACGAAGACGAAGUGCUUUGCUGUGCAUUCUCCUCAGAUGACAGUUACAUAGCAACCUGCUCAGUGGAUAAAAAAGUCAAGAUUUGGGACUCUGCGACUGGGAAGCUGGUGCACACCUAUGACGAGCACUCAGAGCAAGUCAACUGCUGCCAUUUCACCAACAAAAGCAGUCACCUCCUCUUGGCCACCGGCUCGAGCGACUUCUUCCUCAAACUCUGGGACCUGAAUCAAAAAGAAUGCCGCAAUACUAUGUUUGGCCAUACAAAUUCAGUCAACCACUGCAGGUUUUCCCCGAAUGACGAGCUGUUGGCCAGUUGCUCAGCUGACGGGACGUUAAAGCUUUGGGAUGUGAGAUCAGCAAACGAGGAGAGAAGCAUUAACGUGAAGCGGUUCUUCCUGAGUCCAGAGGACCCUCAAGAGGACGCGGAAGUGAUGGUGCAAUGCUGUUCCUGGUCUGCAGACGGCUCUGAGAUCUUCGUGGCGGCCAGAAACAAAAUUCUCCUCUUUGAUAUUCAUACUAGUGACCUAUUGGCAGAGAUCCAUACAGGCCAUCACUGCACCAUCCAGUACUGUGACUUCUCCCCCUAUGACCAUCUGGCAGUGGUUGCCCUGUCCCAGUACUGUGUGGAGUUGUGGAAUAUAGAUUCACGCUUAAAGGUAGCUGAUUGCAGAGGACAUUUAAGUUGGGUUCAUGGCGUGAUGUUUUCUCCUGAUGGGUCAUCAUUUUUGACAGCUUCUGAUGACCAAACAAUACGGGUCUGGGAGACGAAGAAGGUGUGCAAGAACUCUGCCAUAGUGUUAAAGCAGGAAAUAGAUGUCGUGUUUCAAGAGAAUGAAAUGAUGGUCCUUGCAGUUGACAACAUACGAGGCCUACAACUCAUUGCUGGGAAAACAGGCCAGAUUGACUACCUGCCUGAAGCUCAAGUCAGUUGCUGUUGCCUAAGUCCGCAUCUUGAGUAUGUUGCGUUUGGAGAUGAAGAUGGAGCCAUUAAGAUUAUAGAACUUCCAAACAACAGAGUUUUCAGCUCCAGGCUCGGGCACAAGAAAGCUGUGCGGCACAUCCAGUUCACAGCUGACGGGAAGACGCUUAUUUCAAGUUCGGACGACUCUGUGAUUCAGGUAUGGAAUUGGCAGUCAGAGGACUAUGUCUUUUUGCAAGGCCAUCAGGAAACAGUGAAGGACUUCAGGCUCCUAAAAAAUUCAAGAUUGCUUUCUUGGUCAUUUGAUGGAACAGUGAAGGUGUGGAAUAUCAUCACUGGAAGAACAGAAAAAGACUUCCUUUGCCAUCAGGGUGCAGUACUUUCUUGUGAUGUUUCCUCUGACGCUGCCAAGUUCUCAUCUACCUCUGCUGAUAAGACUGCGAAGAUCUGGAGUUUUGAACUGCUUUCCCCUCUCCAUGAGUUGGAGGGUCACACUGGCUGUGUCCGCUGCUCUGCCUUCUCUCUGGAUGGCAUCCUGUUGGCAACUGGAGAUGACAAUGGAGAAAUCAGGAUAUGGAAUGUCUCAGGUGGCCAGCUUCUUCAUUUGUGUGCUCCGAUUUCAGUAGAGGAAGGAACUGCUACCCAUGGAGGCUGGGUGACCGACCUUUGCUUCUCUCCCGACAGCAAAAUGCUUGUCUCUGCUGGAGGAUAUCUUAAGUGGUGGAAUGUUGUCACUGGGGAGUCCUCACAGACCUUCUACACGAAUGGAACAAACCUCAAGAAAAUCCAUGUGUCCCCUGACUUCCGCACAUAUGUGACUGUUGAUAACCUUGGCAUUUUAUACAUUUUACAGGUUCUGGAGUAAGAUGCCCAGGCAUUAGUGCAGUUCAGCUCCUUCCUUUUGAAUUGGAAGAGAAUUGAUACUCAGUACACCAACAUUUUAUAAUGCUGUGAAUCGUAUUGUGGUAUUGUGCUCACGACGAAAGUGUCUAUGGCUGUCUGAGUAAUGUCAAUUUAGCCGUGUUCACAAACGAGCACACUUUUACUCUGAUUUUUUUUUAUCAUCAUCAUUGUUAUUAACAGUUUGUUCUUAGCAUGGAAAUGAAAUGUAAAUAUGUACAUUGUCACACCAUUGGUAAACUUCUUCCUUGAUGCAUUCAAUUUGGUUGGCAUAAUUAAUGAGAACCAUUUGAAGGAAUUGUGUGUUGAUGCUGUCAUUCACUAUGCAGGCUAUGCUGCAAGGUAAUGGUGGUCGGUUUCUGAGCCACACUUACCCCCAGGGGGUAUGGCUUUCCAAAUACAAUCAUGUUGCUUAUUUGCACUCUUUAAAUUUGCUUUAAAAUAUUGUGUCGUUGUGCAUGGUCUGCCGCGCUUGCUUCGAUAACUCAAUGAGGGCUGUGCUUCAACAGUCUUAGGUGAGCUAGAGUCUUAGAGAGCUCUCUAGCCAGUGACAGCCUCUGUGCAGCUGGACUCCGGCUGUCAUUGUCUGAACUGGGCACCACCCUGCACACCCUGUUUUGUUUGUUUUUAAAGACGGGGUUUCUGUGUAGUCCCAGCUGUCCUGGAACUCACUCCAUAGACCAGGCUGGCUUCGACACACAAAGAUCCGCCUGCCUCUGUCUCUCAAGUGCUGGGACUAAAGGUGUGCGCCACCACGUCUGAUCUCUGUUUACUUUUUGCUUAAUCUGUCCUAAGCCUCUGUUCCAUAGUUAGCUGUCAGUAAGUCAAUGAAAUGUGAAAUAGUAAAACAUCCUUCUCCUUUAACCUGUUUACUUCUGGGCCAGUGUCAUUAUCAGUGCUAUUCUCUUUAUGACUUUCAAGAGUUCAUGUUUUCUGUGCAGCUCCCAGAACUCCCUGAGACGCUGGAAGAGGAUGGCUUUCUCCUUCUGCUUCCUGUUUCCUGUAUCCCCCUGACCCCAACACCCAUUUCCCUGGGAAAUGAGGGUUCAUUGUAUUGCGCAGUGAUUGUAUUACACAGGCUCCUGUGGUCCUCCUGCACCACACUCCUAAGUAGCUUAAGAGUUUUGUUUUUAACCUCCUUUUAGGAUCUUUACUUGAAGCUUAAAUCUGAUCACUUUCCCCAGAAAUAUUAUUAAGGACAAUAGAGAUAAAUUAGUAAUAGAUGUAGUUUUUGGGUUUGUGGGAUUUUUUUUUUGUUUGUUUUUUUCAAGACAGGGUUUCUCUAUGUAACAGCCCUAGCUGUCCUAGAACUCGCUCUGUAGACCAGGUUGGCCUUGAACUCACAGGGAUCCACCUGCCUCUGCCUCCCUAGUGCUGGAAUUAAAGGCGUGCGCCACCACUGCCCAGCAGCAAUAGAUGUAGUUUUCAUAUAAAAUACAAAACCAAAUAUCUUAUUUUGCAGUAGGAAUUAGUGAGUACUAGUGUUAAUCGUAGUCAGCGAAGCUGCUUCUGUUGUCAGUACUCAUCACCAGCUGUGGUGUGGGCAGAGGGAAAAUCCACUCACGCAUUUUAGUUUCUGUUUCUUUGUGGUGCCGAAAAUUGAAACCAGGGCCUUGAACACGCUAGCCGAGCACUCUGCAGCGCCGUGGGCCUUGAACAUGCUAGCCGAGCACUCUGCAGCGCCGUGGGUUCCAUGUGGCAUUUCAGGAGCUGGGACUGGAGUGGGCAGAAGCUUGGACAGAGUUAAGGACAUUUCUUUUUUACCUUUUUUGGUUGGUAGGUUGAGGAACUGGUUUACAUACUUACUGUGAUUUAAGCAGAUGCGAUAAGUGAAGAUGAAAAUAUUUAUAAAUAUAAGUAUCUGAAUAGUUGUCUUGCAUAGAACUUGGUGAGAAUGAGCCAGCUGCUUCUCAGACAGCAUUAGUGGUUCAUCCGUUCUGCAGCUGGACGUGAAAUAGUAAACACAGUUUUUAAAAAGCCUUGAUCUUUGUCCUAAAGUGGAGAGGAAGACAAAAUAACACAAGGAAGGAGACGGCUUAUACCGCAGCUCUGGGGCUUGCAACAAGGCUUGGCUUGCAGCCUGCGGAUGAGCGCUUUGAGCCCUUUCUUGGCUGUCCUUUCUAUGUGGAAAAAAAGCAGAAGAUUGGCUUUUGUAUAUGUGAAGAUGGUUUGUAUCAUGUGUUCUAUGCGCUUUGAAGACUUUUUGUAUUUAUAAUUUACAUGUUAUUUUUUUGCCUUGGAAUACUGUUUAAACAAAUUUUAAAGACAAUAAAAUUUCUGAAUUUUUUGAAAAAACA